AUGAGCCCGGGUAAGAGCCAGGCUGGGGUGGGGCUGGCCUUUGAGGGGGCGCCCUGGGAGGUGGACGGGUACUGGAGAGCGCCGCCUCCCCGACCCCGGCCCCUUCGCCCCCAGAGCGAGUCGGGUCUGGAGUGCGGAUCUGCAGGACUAGCCGCGCACCUCCGCCGGCCCGGAGGAAGGCAUACCCGGGCCCGCCCCGCCUCCGGCCCAGCGCGCCCUCCGGUGGCCGCUCAGUGCGCCCGCGCCCUCAUCCCCAGGCCUAGUCUUCCUUCUCCCCAGGCCUCGUCUCCCUCCUCCAGGCAAAGCCAACAGUCCGAAGCCCAGUGCUGUUUUGUUACAGAAAAGCGUCCUGAGGAAGAGGAUGAGGUUGACUGCGUCCUCCUUUCAGCAUCCAAGAUCCUAAAUUCUUCUGAGGGGGUAAAGGAAAAUGGUAGCAGUGAAACAGUUCCUAAGUUUAUAAAUCAAGGUCUGACAUUCUUAAUUUGUCUUUUAAAGGUACAGUCUGAAAUCAGUGAAAUAUUGAACAAAAGUAUUAUUGAAGUAGAAAACCCACAACUUAACCCAGAAAAAAAUCUAGUAUUCGGCACACACAAUGAAACGGCUUUGCCUGUAGAGAAUCAAGAAGAAAUCCUUUCUACGGAGAAAAUUCAUCAUUUUGAGGAUUCCAGGACUCUUCAUUCAGCAGAGGAAAAAUUCAGUAGUGAUAGUAUUGACAGUCUUCCUCAAAGUAUAGAUGUUCCAUGCCAGAUACAUUUCAAGGACAUACUAACUCAGAGAACUCUGACAGAUAAUUCAGCUUCAGAAAAUUCUGACAGGUUGAAGAAUUAUAAUAACUUGUAUAAUUUUCUACCUAAUGCACCUCAAAAUGGGAUGUCUCAAGCUGAGACGCUAAUUCUGGAUAAGUCCAGAAUGACAAUGCCUCUUCUCAAUAAUGGAUUUUGUGAAAAUUUAGAUGGUAUUUGCCAUUCCAUCAAACAAAUGAAGGAAGAGCUUCAAAAGUCACAUAAUAGGGAACUGGCACUUACAAACGAACUGCAGACUUUAAAAGCUGUUCCAAGGCACGGGAAUUAUGACCUGCCCUCCAUUCACAAGGAAAAGAAAAUUUUUAUUAAGGAAGAAAAUAUUGAAAGUAACUUAAGUGAAGAUAUAAAAUCAAAGAGAAUUUUGGAAUUAGAGGCAUUAGUAAACAAAUUGCUCCCACUUAGGGAAACAGUGUCAAAAUUCCAUGUGAAUUUUUGUAGGAAAUGUAAAAAAUUAUCCAGGAGUGAAAUACACAGGGGAAAAAGGAAUGAGAAAAACAAUAAAGAAAUUCCUAUCACUGACAAGAAUAUUGCAGAUUUAAAACUCCAUUCCAGAGUCCCGAGACAUACAUUGGCAUUCUUUGACCCAACAAAAUAUGAAAUGAAAGACAAAGAAAAACAACCAUUUACAGUAAAACAAGGAUCAAUAAUAGUUGAAAAUGAGAAAACAUCCAAAGUCAAUUCUGUUACUGAGCAAUGUGUAGCAAAAAUUCAGUACUUACAGAAUUACUUGAAAGAAUCUAUGCAAAUACAGAAAAAAGUAAUGAAACUAGAGAAUGAAAACCUAACCCUUAAAACAAAAAUUAAACCUCUUGUCUUUACCACACAAUCUCUGAUACAGAAAAUUGAAAUGUAUGAAAAGCAACUUAAGACACUGGUUGAAGAAAAGAAUACUCUCCAGUCCAAGUUAACUAAAACAGAAGAAGAUGGCAAAGAAUGUCUUAAAGAAUUGAAAAAAAUAGUUAGUAACUAUAAUGUUCUCCAAGGACAAAAUAAAACCCUCGAGGAAAAAAACAGUCAACUUUCUUUGGAGAAUCAACAAAUAAUAGAAACAUUAGAUCAACUAAAAAGUAAGGAACACAAAACUCAAAGUGAUAUGGCCAUUGUCAGUAAUGAAAACAAACGAUUGAGCAUAGAAAUGGAAUCAAUGAAAACAAAUGUUCUAUUGAUACAAGAGGAAAAAGAAAUGUUAGAGAAAAAAACACAUCUGCUUCUAAAGGAAAAAGAUGCACUGGAAAAUGAACUGAAAGAAAACCGCCUAGAGACAGCACAGCUAAAAGAGAAAGAAAGAUUGGCAAAAAUCGAACAAGAGACACUUCUUCAAAUAGUAGAAACAGUUAAAAAUGAAAAGCUUAAUCUUGAAACAACCUUACAAGAAUCUACUGCUGCGAGAGAGAUGAUGGCAAGAGAAAUUGAGGACAUUCAAACGUACCAAUCUACUGCGGAAGAGAAUUUCCUGCAAGAAAUAAAAAAUGCAAAGUCAGAAGCAAGUAUUUAUAAGAAUAGUUUGUCAGAAAUGGGCAAUGAAUGUGAACUGUUAUCAAAAAUGGUAAUGGAAAUUAAGACCGAUAAUCAGCUUCUAAAAGAAGAACUAAAAAAAAAUAGUCAAGAAACUAUAAAAUUUGAAAAUAGCAUCUGUAGACUUGAGGAAGACAAAAUACUCUUAGAAAACUACGUAAGGAGUAUAGAGAAUGAAAGGGACACCUUGGAAUUUGAGAUGCGGAAUCUUCAAAGAGAAUAUUCAAAUCUAAGUGAAAAAAUCUGCAGUCACCAUACUGACCUCUCAAAAAUGGGUCAUGUUUCAAGGAAAGAUAAAUUCCAUUUUGACAUCUAUGAUAUUUAUGAAGACACCUCUAGUCCUGGGAAUAGGCCUUUAGCCCUGGGUUUGAAAGGUAUGUAUAUCUUGGUGGAUUCAUAGAAGUGUGUUUAAGAUUUCUUUUGUCUAUCAGGUUUAGCCAGAGGACAGUAAUAAGAAGGUGAACACUAUUUUUGUAAGAUUUGUAUCCAAUUCAUUACAUAGUGGAAUUUCUUAGAGAUUUUGGUCCUUUGAUGAGAUGUGUUAUUUUAUUUAUACUACUUCUAUAUAUUGUAUAUGGCUAAAGCAACUUUGGUAGCAAGCAGGAAAUUUUUUUAAUUAUUAUUUUUCCACAGUACACAU